CGCUCCUCUCGCGAGACUUGAGCCCAUCUCGCGAGACAUCUGGGGCUCCGCCCGAGGCUGGGGCGGCCCGUGGCGGCGGCAAGAUGGCGGUGGAGUCGCGCGUCACCCAGGAGGAGAUCAAGAAGGAGCCUGAGAAGCCGAUCGACCGCGAGAAGACGUGCCCGCUGCUGCUGCGCGUCUUCACCACCAACAACGGGCGGCACCACCGCAUGGACGAGUUCUCCCGCGGCAACGUGCCCUCCAGCGAGCUGCAGAUCUACACCUGGAUGGAUGCAACUCUAAAAGAGCUGACGAGUUUAGUGAAAGAGGUCUACCCAGAAGCACGGAAGAAGGGCACGCACUUCAAUUUUGCAAUUGUUUUUACAGAUCUCAAGAGGCCUGGAUACAGGGUGAAGGAGAUUGGCAGCACGAUGUCAGGUAGGAAGGGCACAGAUGACUCCAUGACAUUGCAGUCUCAGAAAUUCCAGAUAGGAGACUACUUGGAUAUAGCAAUUACUCCUCCAAAUCGUGCACCACCCCCAUCCAGCCGCAUGAGACCAUACUAAACUGUUGCUUCUUUGUAUGACUACAUUUUCAGUUUAUUCCUUCUUGCUGUUCUAAAGCAGGCUUACUUUUUGCUUUUGUUGCUAAGCAAGAACACCUGAAAACAAAGCUAAGCAUCAGAAAUGAGUUAACUUUUAAACCUUAAUUUUUACUGAAUUUCUUUAGAAGGGAGACUUUUUAGAAGCAUCAUCAUCCUUUUCCUCAUUGUUAUAGUUUGAAAAGUAAGUUUGUGUGUCCAAUGUUUCAAGACUUCUGUAAAAUAUGACCAGAAAUAUUGCAGGUGUUCUGCAGUUCUGUCUUGUUUGGAAUAAAGAUUGAUGUUGUUA